ACAGGAAAUUAAAGGUCUCAAUUCGGAGGUACAUAGGCAAACACUAUUAAAUUUUUAUAUUAUUUGAAAGAAAGUCGUAAUAGAUUUCUUAUGGCAACCCCAACGGCUUUACCGCAGAAUUCAAAUCUAUUCACGAUUGUUGUGUCUGUUAAACGCUUAAGUGGGUGUAGGAUACAUUCUCAGUUUUAUGUAUAUUUCAUAAUUCUUUAACAACAUUUUUGAUUUCAGAGGUAAAAUAUGGAGCUUAAUGACUCAUUUACAGAAAAGCUUAUUCAAAGGACUAGAGCUAGAAAAGAUUAUGUUACAGAGUUGAAAAAUGAAAGUCCAAGUGUGUCUUGUAAGAAGCGUCCUGCAUUAACUGAAGAGCUUCAGCUACCAGAUCAGAAUGCAUCCAAUUGUCAUUCAAAAGAAUCGCCUAAGAGGCAGUGUUUAUCUGCUCCUGAAAGUAAUGCAAUGGAUAUUGAAAGUGAGAAAGAAAAUGUUGAAAUGUCAGAUUGCUCCAUGAGUAGCCCAGUUGUUCCAUUUCAUGCUAAUCCUAAGACUAAAGGUUUAGCUGCGUUGCGGAAGAAUGCGUCAAGCAAGCCUGAUUCUUCAAAUGGUGUAACCUCUGAUCAAGGAUCAGCAUCAGAAUCUCAGGUGAAUAAUUGCAGCACAUAUGUAUUUUCUACUAACAGCAAAGAACUCUGUGCCACUCGUCAAUCAAGACUAGCUAAUUUAGCUGCCAACAUCCGACAGUGGGAAGACAAUGUCAACCAACCAGCACUUUUAACUAAAAAUACUUCAUUGAUUUCUAAAUCUUCUAAUAACACAUCUGUGUCUUCUACUUCAUCUAACACUCUCUCUAUGAAACUUUACUAUACUAAUAAACCGUCUGUAAAUAGUUCUGCUCUCAUUUCUUCUAAAUCUGAAGAGCAUGAUCUUGGGAAUGAAUUUAGUAGCAAUGAUAAUAAAACUUUUAAAUCUGACAGGGAUGGUUCUUGUACAUUUUCAUCUUUUAAUAAAAUGGGUAACAAUGAAAGUGCUAAUAGGUUAGUCAAACAACCAAAAUUAGAAGCAUGGGAUCAAGCUAUUAAGGCUACUCUGGAAGAAGAUUCUAAGAUAGUAACAUUAUUCUUUGAAUGUGAACAAAAACAAUGCGAUUCAGAAUUAGAAGAUGAUGAAGAAAAUAGCAGUCGCAGUCACGAAAAUAAUGAAAAUCUUUCUGAAAAAGGGAAUCAUUGUACAGAGAAUUCUAAUGCAAAAGAAUCCAUGGCACCUAAGACAGAGCCUUCUUUUAGAAAAAAUGUUGAUCCAGCUGAAUUACCACUUUCUGCUCGUAAGGCUCUAUUUGAAAAGGCUUUAUUAGGGGGAACUCCAAAACUAAAUGAAACAGCAGUUGAAAAUAAACUUUCUGUUGCACAAAGAACUGCCUUGUUUGAAAAUGCUUGUAAAGUAAGUUCAGGUCAAAAGACAUCACUGAAUCAGAGAGUACCUCAGCGAUUUGUUGCUCCAAAACAAUCACCUAUAAAGCCAAAAUAUAAUGUAAAUGCUCUCAUAAGCCCUAUAAAAUGUGCAGUAGCUUCUGAAGCAAAAAUGGUACAGUCAAGUCCUGCCAAAAAUUUUACACCGAGUAAUGCUGGAAGUCCUGCAAAAACUACAGGUUUGCUGCAAAGAAGUGCUGCAAGAACUGUCUCUCAGGAUAGCUUUGAAGGCUCACCUGUAGUGUCAUCAUCAGCAACUAUUAACUUGGCUACGUCUCCUAAUGUUGGCAUGCAUACUCGCACUGUGCAGCAAAAGCUGAUUGAAAGUGCUAAUAAUAACUGGCAGCAGAAAGAUGUUGUUGCUAAAGCAACUGAGGAGAGAAAACGAGAAAUUUCAAAUCUUGUAAAUCACUGGGAAAAGUUAUCGUCAGGAUCAUAUGUAGAAAAUGUUGUAGAGUGUCACAAGCAAGCAGAUUUGGAUGAAAGUAUUUCAUGCAGAUCUGAAGCAUGUAAUGAAAGCUUCGAAAAUGAUGUAUGUCUGAAAUACUCUGGAGAGUCUGAAAAUGAAAGUGAUUGUAAUAGUGAUACAUCAUCAGCAAUAGAGCAAACUGGUUCCCAAUCUUCCUUAGGUUCUGAAGAUGCAAAUUCUCUGGAAGAGCACAAAUAUGAAUUACCAGUAGAAGAACCUUUAGCAUCUCAUCUGUUAAAAGCAGUUGUCAGUGAUAUGCAUGAGCAUCAAAAUAACAAUCUGUCAACAUUACCCGAAGCCAGCUUAUCUAUACAGUCAUCAGACUGCUGUUCUGAAAGUAGCUCUUACAAUUCUUCGGAAAAUCUCAGUUGCAACAGUAGUAAUUCAAUCAGUUCUUGUGAUACAGCAACUACAAAAGCAAAUGUUGGAACACCAGUUCAAGGAGGUAGUACCAGUAACCCAGAUGUACCUCUUCUAUACACUGUUAGUUUUUACAGGAAACAGAAACAAGAAGCUCGAAGUACACCAGUGCGCACUAUAGUACGGCGUGAAAAGAUACCUAGCCCACCUGUGGAAGACACUGAUCAAACAGAACUAAUUCAGGAGCGUAUCAAGGCACUGCAAGAAGAAAUCCUUCGACAGCAAACAGUAAUUAGUCAGACCAGCCAGGCUCUCAACCUUUGUCAUGCCACAGCUGAGUUUUCUGGCUCUGUUGAGCAAGUAGAAGGUGAAAGGCUUUUGUUAAUUGCAACUCAAAAGCGUCAAGCUUGUUUGAACGAAAUACAACGUCUGAAAAUGCAUGGAGCCCAAGGAGAGAAUAUUUCUGAUGGAACAGGAACUUUAACAAUUAGUGAUAUGCAGUUACCUUUGAAACGUGAAUUCAUGGCUGCUAAGCUUGAAGGAAAAUUAAAUGAUGCAGUGCAUUAUUUCUUGUGUCUGAUAAGGCAUGGAGCACAAGUUAUAGUCACUCAAAUGGUUUCCACAAACGAUAAAGUUACUGAUGGGGCUUUAUGUUUUACUAAUCACAUCAAGCUUCAAGGUUUACCUCCUGAUUUUUCAGUUGUAUUUGAAGUUUAUGGAUUGCAAACCAAGAAAGAAGUCUUACCUCAUGAGAAAAAAUAUCACAUUAAACGAGAACACAGCAAAAUACGCCUUACUCCCAAAGGAAAGAAAGCUGAUGGAAAACUUCUGCUUCCAGCUGUCAGCAGUCCUGGUGGCCCAAAUGCUGUAAGAUCUCCUAGCUUUGGGGUAAUUGGAUACACACGCUUUACCCUUCAAAACUGCAAUAAGAGAAGCUUUACUUUGGACAAGGUACACUACUCUUCCCCACUUGAUGCAGUUUUAAAAGUCAAACUUAAACUCCAUGCUGAGCAUAAAGUUACAUAUAAAGGAUUUUUGACCAUGUUUGAAGAUGUCAGUGGCUUUGGGUCAUGGCACAGAAGAUGGUGUGCAUUGAAUGCACAGAGCCUCAUGUAUUGGAAAUAUCCUGAUGAUGAACACAGAAAGGAGCCUAUAGGGUCUAUAGAUUUGAGACAAUGUGUAACAAACCAUGUACAAUCAGUAACAAGAGAUAUCUGUGCAAGACCAAAUACCUUUCAAAUGAUGACAGUUCGACCUCAAGAAAAAGGUGAUAAAGAUACUCUAAUAUCAUGGACUGCCAACACUUUGACAACAACAAAGCAUUUAUUAUCAGCAGACACUAAAGAAGAAAGAAUUCUAUGGUGCAAUAAAUUAAAUGAAGCUCUCACAAGUCUUAGAAGAUGGGAUCCACAAGCCCUUCGUCCAAUGGAAUCAAUGCAAGAUAAAAAAUGAAUUCAGUUUUUUACAACAAUAACAAAUAUUAACUCUUACAAUUUUAAAUAUUUUCUGAGCCAGUUCUGAAGUUCAUCAACAAAUAUGUAUAAUAUACAGAAUUACACAUUUUAUUGCGAUUCUUUUUAUAGUGCAUGAAGUGUGAUUUUUUUUAAUAGGAAGAAUAAUAGUAAUUUUACUAACUGUAGCUCUCUAAUAUGCAAGCGUAAUACUGAUAAAUUGAAUUAAGUGCCUUGAUAUUAAUAUGCUUUUUAUUUGCUUUAUGGCAAUGUGUGUAUAGUUUUGUAUUUUUAAACAAGUGUGUUUAUGUCAUUAUUUCUUUUACAUCACUUGUACUUAUAAAUAUAGCUUUAUAAAAAUAUCUGUAGCAAAAAUUAUUUUAUAUAAAACAAAAUUGAAUUUUGUAA